CCUGGCUCCCCGCGAUCCGUUUUCUGUCAUUGCCAUUUAUUGAAUUUCGCGCGGCAUCGCAGAGUAGAGUAGUGGUCGUCGCGUUUCAGCGUUAUCGCGGAAGUAUAUGAAUAGGAGGGGUUUUCGACGCUCACAAGCGCUUGUGAGUUAAUCUGAGUCAGAUCAACCUGAGUUAGAGAGAGAGUCAAGUACAGUGCGCCCGCGGGAGUGAUUUCACCAUCGGUGACAACCAGUAGACGACGUGAGCGGACGAAGUGAUGGCGGCCCUUAAACGUAUCACUAGCUUAACAAGGGCACUCGCGACGAUAACGUCUACGUCGCGACCCUGCCUUCAGCAUGCCACGAGGAAGACCUUCUUUACGUACGUGAACGAGCCCUCAAUGCCGAUCCCCGACAAGAAACCCUGCUGGUUAAAGACCGCCGAUGAGGCCAUCGUACAGGCCGAACUCGACUCAGAUCAGGUGGUGUACGUUCAGGGUGCGGCGGCAACACCCGUUGAAUUACUGAGAGCAAUGACCGACUACGGGGUAAGCUGCGAUGUAAGAAAUGUCCGUUUAUACCACAUGCAUCUCGAGGGACCAGCCCCGUUUGCUAAGCCAGAAAACGCAAAGCAUUUUAGAUCAAUUAGCUUAUUCAUCGGUGGUAACGUGCGAUCCGCGGUGAACACAGGCAACGCCGACUGUGUUCCCAUUUUUCUGCACGAGAUUCCGCGCCUCUUCAAGGAGGGCUAUGUAAAGCCUGACAUCUCUCUGAUCCAUGUGUCUCCACCGGAUGAAAAGGGUUACUGCUCCUUCGGUACCAGUAUAGACUGUGCUCGGUCCGCUGUGAGUUAUUCUAAACGUGUCAUAGCUUUAGUCAAUAAAUACAUGCCUAGGACCUUCGGCGACGCUCUCAUUCACGAAAGUCAUUUGGAUUUUGCCGUGGAACAUCACAUACCAUUGCCAGUUCAUCCGAUGAAAGCGCCUUCCGAGGCUGAGCAGAUGAUCGGUAAACAUAUCGCUGAGAAUUUGGUGGCAAAUGGUGCCACAUUACAGCUGGGUAUCGGCAGUAUACCUGAUGCCAUAUUGUCGUUGUUGGGUAACCACAAGGACUUGGGUAUUCACAGCGAGAUGUUCAGCGAUGGCGUAGUGGAUCUUGUGAACAAGGGUUGCAUCACGAACAAUAAGAAGACGAUACACCAGGGCCGAAUUGUUGGCUCAUUUUGCGUGGGUUCAGAAAAGCUUUACGAAUUUAUGGACAACAAUCCUUUCAUAGAGAUGCUGGCGGUAGAUUACGUUAAUGAUCCCAGAAUAAUUGCCAAGCAACCGAAAAUGACAGCCAUUAAUUCGUGUAUCGAAGUGGAUAUUACCGGUCAGAUCUGUGCGGACAGUAUUGGUACGAAAAUGUAUUCCGGUUUUGGUGGACAGCUAGAUUUUAUCACAGGCGCCGCGAUGAGCGAAGAUCGACAAGGAAAACCGAUCAUAGCACUUCAAUCAGUCACCUCUAAGGGCCAAAGCAAAAUACAACCAGUUCUAACAUCGGGUGCUGGAGUAGUCACCAAUAGAGCGGUGGUGCGAUAUGUAGUGACAGAGCAGGGAAUUGCCAGUCUAUUUGGCAAGAGUCUUCAGCAACGUGCAUAUGAGUUAAUUCAGGUGGCUCAUCCCGAUCAUAGAGAAGCGCUCGAGAAAGCAGCGUUCGAACGCCUAAAAGUAAUGCCCGCCCCAUAAAUUAAAAAGCGCAUGAUGUAGGAAACAUAUUUAAUAGCAUUCUACAAUCAGUUUCCCAUGUGCUUUAACCAUGUACAACGGCUAACUAUCAAAAUGUCUUCUUGUACGACAUUGUACAUGCUCUCUUACUAGAAGACAAUUCACUGGCCUUCUAGAAUAAAGGAGAAAGAGAGAGAAGAGAAGAGAAGAGGAGAGAGAGAGAGAGAGAG